AUUUUGCCACUGUCUAAAAAAACGGCACGUUUUGGGGAAACGGUGCGUUUUAGAUCUUCGUUUUCGAAUUCAUAAGUCCUCUUUCAAUUUCGUUUAUUCAUUUGCUGCUGUGUGCCUCCGGUGACGGUGAUUCCUGAGGCUAGUUUCUUAGAUUACAUUGAAUAGAGUUUGCAACUUUGGAUUUACAGAACCGAGCUGUCAAGUUGACAGUGUUGGGCAUGGGAACUGAAGAGCCAAAAGAUCCAUUCAAGGGUGUUGACUGGAAGGCCAUAGGUGGUGAAUUGCAGAAGGACCCUAGUGCCAGUGCUAAGCCAGUGAUAAAGAAGCGGCUCCCAAAAAAGGUUAGACAAAUUCCAGACUAUUAUUUUCUUCCUCGACGAUCUCUACCCUCUGCAAUUGCAUUCUAUGGGGGAUGUAUUGCCGGUGGAAUUGGUGCUGGCAUGCUGCUUGAGAUCUGGAUAAACAAGAAAGUUAAAGAGGAUGGAGGCGUCAUAUGGGAGUUUGACAAAUAGAACCUGAAUGGCAUUGGAAGUAGAGUUCCACUCCGGCUUUCUUUUUCUCAUUUGCUGGCGUUUGUUAUUUUGGAAAACUACUUGGUGGAACCAAGUUGCUAGGGAAACUGUUAUUGAAUAUUAUGGGUUUGGACAUUGUACCCAUGUUGGUUUACUUUCCCAUCCUAAUCUCUGUAGUUUUAUUUUCCAAGCAUAUCCAUUUGUUUGGCUUUAAUGUUAGUGACUGAAGUAAUUGAUUUGUUCCGACAAAGUGAUUUGUUUGUGCAUAAAUGGAAAAAAAAAGAAUUGUAUAAUCUUUGUGCUCCUUCCAAUUGGGAAAAAUAAGGAUUUUCUGUACAAUUUUGUAUGUAUCA